AUGGAAAUAAUUCAUUUCAAUGCCACUUUUCCUGGAUCAACACAUGAUGCAGCGGUCUGGCAAGGAUCCAGUUUGAGCCAAUUAUUGGAAACCAAUUAUGUUAACGGAGUUUCAGCUGGUGAAUGGCUUCUAGGAGACUCUGGAUAUGCCCAACUGCCUUGGCUGAUGACCCCGUAUGCUGGUGCGGAUGAAAAUACAUCUGAUGCUAGAUAUAAUUUAGCGCAUACCAAAACGAGGGUUCUUAUUGAAAAAUGUUUUGGAGUGAUGAAAACAAGAUUUAGAUGCAUUCACAAGCACAGGACGUUGCUUUAUGACCCCGUGAAGGCAUCUAAAAUAAUAGCAGCUGUAGUUGUUCUCCAUAACGUGGCAAUUAAGAGAAAUUAA